AAAAAAAAAAGAAAGCAGCAGCACACAUAUUCCAUUCCAUUGUUGCUGCAUUUUACUACCUCAGCUCCUCCGAACUCAUUCAUUGAUUCUCACUUUUGGAGGCAACAGAAAGAAACAUGCAAUCCCCAUCUCUCUAUCUCACAAACACCUUCACUCACACUAACAAUUACAAUCAUCACCUUGGCUUCAACCACUCCCUUUCUUCAUCCCACAACUCAUUCUACCCCACCUUCCCCAAAUCAUCACCAUGCUCCAAAAGGGGCAUCAUAGCCCAAUCCCAAAAGCCCCAUAACAACAAGGGUGUCCCCAAGGAUGGUGGUGUUAGGGUGAAGGGCAACAAGGAGAACGUGUGGAGUGUUGAUAAUGAACUUGCAAAGGUGGCUACUGAGAGAGAAAAGGGUAAUAGUAGAGGAAGGAGGAACAGAGGGAGGAGAAUGGUGAAGAGAAAGAGGCACAAGGGUGGAAGGGUCAUUGUUACCGGUGCUAUGUUGGUGGAGGUUGAGACUGUUCUUCAGACUCAGGAACCAGUAAUAAAACCGAUUUGGAACACAUUUGCUAGCAGUCUCAGCGGAAUUUGGAAGGGUGUAGGUGCCGUGUUUUCUCCCAUCACUGCUGAAAUGGAGCCUAUUGAAAUAGGUAACAAUAUGCCAUCUCCUUCUGGCGAACAUACAUCUCAAAUCCAGAGAAAGGUUAAUUGGGUGACUUUGAAUCCUUACGGUGAAAUACCACAGCAACUUGAAGGCAGUACUGAAGCUAAAGAAGGAUUGGAUGCUGGUAACGUGCAAACAAUUAGGAAGCAUAGUGUUGGUGGAAAUUCCAAAAAUCAUAUUUUGCCUGCAUUUGAGUCCUUUGACUUUGAACGAAGUGAUGUGAUGGAAGAAGAUGUCAUGGGCUCUGAACCUGGCCUUGUUUACUUUGAAGAUGGAUCUUAUUCUAGGGGACCUGUAGAUAUCCCAGUGGGCGAAGAUGAUGCGACAAAGUACUAUCUGACACCGACUUUCAAGUUUGAACAAUGCUUGGUUAAAGGCUGCCAUAAAAGGAUCCGUAUCGUCCAUACUAUAGAAUUCAACAAUGGCGGUUCGGACAUACAGAUAAUGAGAGUUGCUGUGUAUGAAGAGGAAUGGGUCAGUCCUGCUUCUAUCAAACACCACAGUGAUAUGGAGUUUGAUGUGGAGCCGUUUUCUCAAAGAAAGCGAACCAAGCCAUCGGAGCUUAUGGGGUCAUGGAAAGUGUUUGAGGUUAGUGCCACUCCAGUGUACGGCGAGGAAACUGAGGUUGAAGAGAGAAACGGCGCCCCAUAUGUGUACCUUUGUACCGAAACCUUAAAGAAGCGGAGCCUCCCCGAGAGCAACUACUUUGGCGAGGAGGAGCAGAUUGACAUGCAAGAUGUUACCAUGCUAUGGCUUCCUGGGGGUGUAACUUGCUACGUCGACAUUGACAAGGACGGGAUUCUUUGCAUCGGAGUUGGUUGGUACUCCGAUGAAGGAAUCAACCUUGUGAUGGAAAGAGACUAUGGCCUGGAUGGAAAACUCAAAGAGGUGAGAUGGAAAUCGGAGGUAAAAAGAAGAUGGACUAAUCCACCACGCCAUGAGUAAGUCGCGCCUCAUUCGUAAUGAACAGAAGGAUACCACUGCUUCGCCUUGGACCACCGUGCGAACAUAGCAGUAUCUAGCCGGGACUAGGAACAGGUUUUAACCAAGGAUUAGAGGCUUUGUAAAUUGGCUAGUAUGAGAAACACUAACAUCUGAAGCUAUACCAAAAUCACUUGUAAUAAUGUUCAAAAUAGCAUGCAUGUAUCAUCUUUCAGUUAGUCAUGUAAUAGUAGUUAAUAGAACUAAUAAUGGGUAAUAAAAUAAACAAUUUAAAUUUUA